AUGACCCAAGAGUCGCGCGACUUUGCAGACGAUCUCUCGGACGUGGAGGAAGACCAAAUUGAUAGGGUUCUCAAACAGAUUAAAAAUAGGAAGGCUCUCGGACAUGCAAAAAUGCUGCAGUCUGAAUGCUGCCUCACUGUCGGUUUUAGGAUGAACUUGAACACGUCUAAGGUCAUGUUCAACGAGCAUAUACUCCAGAAAUGUAGCAAGCUGAAGUGGCAGUGGUCUAGCCACAGCCGUCGUAGAGCCGACGAGCGUUGGAGGAGACGGGGGCGG